AUGUCCAGGAUGGCCCUGUCUAACACCACAGCGAUGACACCCUUCUCGACCAAGUUGUGGCAGGAGACAGUUCAACAGGGCGGCAACGUGUCAGAGCUGGCCCGCCGGGUCCCCGGGGACAGCCACGGUGAGAUGGAGGCGCUCUACAUCCUCAUGCUGCUGGGCUUCUUCGGUUUCUUCACACUGGGCAUCAUGCUCAGUUACAUCCGCUCCAAGAAGAUGGAGCACUCCCACGACCCCUUCAACGUGUACAUCGAGUCCGACGCUUGGCAGCAGAAAGACAAGGCGUACUUCCAGGCCCGGGUCCUGGAGAGCUUCAGGGCGUGCUACGUCAUUGAAAACCAGCUGGCUAUGGAACGACCCAGCAUGUACCUUCCCGAGAUGAAGACUUCAUGCUGA